AAAAUUCUGACGAAACCCCAUAGACAUAAAACCGUUAACAGAAUGUGUGAGUACAUAUCCUGACAAAAAACAAAAUAAAAUUAAAACUUUUUCAUGCCGUUUUUUUUUAACGUUUAUUAAGUUGAUUGAUAUGAGUUACAUUUUUUAGUUCAUGUAAAUUACAAAAACUAAAUUGUCUUGCUCAAUUCGCCUAUAAAUACAAAUAACACGAAAAAGCGUAUUGCAAAUGAUUACAAAUUAUUUUAUUUCUGGGAUGAAUUCCUAUUUAAUAUACGUUUCCGAAUCAACUAUUAAACAGGACAAGAUUUUAUUUCAAUUUCUAUCGUAAACUGCGACGUAAAAAACUAUCUACGUCUAAAAUAAAUUCAAAUUAGAUUAAAUCAGAAACAGUUCACAGUAAUACACGUCGCAAAAACUAUGUUCGUGUCGUGUAUCACAAGUGUAAAAAUAAUGAGGUGUAAAUUAUAUAUAAACGCGACUACAAGAGUCAUACUCAAACGCAAACACAGCACCGCGACGCUGGCAUACCUAAAGUGGAUAGAACAUAAAUGAAUUUAAAAUGAGAUACUCUAACGGAAUGUAGAUACAACCUGGUGACAAGCAAAAUUGUAAUUAAUCAUGGUAUCAUUUUCACAAUCUCCUAUGAAACCCGCUUUAAAACGCUGUUAAAUCUGCCAUCGGCAGAUAUUUGAAUUUUGCGCCUCAGCACAAAAUGAAGUUCAAGAAAACCUUCAAAUUAUGGUUUAAAAUAUUCGUAGAAUACUGUGACAAUUGUUCGUUGGCAGGAUUCUGCUACAUUGCGGACAAAAAGUACCAUUAUACCGAACGUCUAUUCUGGUUGGGAUGUGUACUACUUUCCUGGACUGGAUCAUAUUUUCUGGUGAAAAGUUAUAUGGAUAACUUCCACAGAAACGCCGUCAGUCUGGUAGUUGAAAAUGUUCACGUACGAGAAAUUAGCACCUUUCCAUCGGUGGCGAUUUGCGAGAUUGGAUAUGCCAAACAAGUGUACGAAAGUUUGGAAAAUAUCAUAGAAGGUUUGAAGACCGAUGGAGACAUGGAGUACAACUACGAUGUCGAAGAUUUUAUGUUGCGGAUCAUUUUUCAUAAUCUGUACAAUUAUGGUUCGAUUAUGUCGUAUUGUGCGCCGUACAAAGAAUGUACCGAUUGUGUAAAAUGCCCGGAAACUGGAUACGAGAAGUUCGCUGCCAAGGUACGAGCCAACUGUACCCAACUGUUCGUGGCAUGCGUUUGGAACGGUCGCCCUUUCGACUGCUGCCGGUAUUUUAAACCUCUGCAAACCUCGAUGGGAACAUGUUAUUUGAUGAAUUCCAUACAGCUGGGCAAGAGAGAGGGGAAAGAUUGGUUUAGCAUGGAAGUAGGACGCGGAACACAUUCCACUGGUGAGCUAAUGUUGAAUGUAACGAGAGCUAGUUCGUCUUACAUUAUGAAUGAGGAAGAUAUACCCCACAUGUUGCUGACUACCCUACAGUUCACACAAAUCCCCGAAGGUUAUAGUGACACCAUUUUUUUCACCAUGCAAAAUGUGAUCAACGACCCACUAGUACGCACGGUAGACCCGGAAGUACGACGGUGCGUUUUUCCCGACGAAGAAACCGACACACUUUAUCCCAAGUAUAGUUACAGUGUUUGUGUGACAGAAUGUCUUAAGCAAGCACAGAUUUCCGCAUGCAAUUGCUGUCACCAUAAUAUGAUCCUGAAUGAGAAAGACAAAUGUCCGAUCUGCGGUUACGAGGGCCUAUUCUGUUUGGAUCAUAAGGAUUUGAUGUUUCCGCAAACUACAAUUAUGCAACCAUGGCGGACAAACGGUUUAGUUUGUCAGUGCCUUCCGUCCUGCACCGAGCAUGAGAUUCAAAUCAUCGGCAAGCAAUCGGUGGUUGAGGAUCGACUUGAUAGGUCGGUACAGUUCAAACUUCUGACGCUGCCAACACAACGCUAUCGUAGGCAAAUUGUUCGUGAAAAUUUGGAUAUUGUCGUGUCAGUUGGCGGUAUUCUGGGCCUUUUCAUGGGUGCCAGUAUCUUAAGCCUAGUGGAAAUCAUCUAUUUUUUUACGAUACGUCUUAUGUCAACCUGCAUGGACAAAAAUAUUCAUGACGAUGACGAUGAUGAUGAUAAUGAAGACGAUAAUGACGAAGAAGACGAUGAUGAUGAGGAAUAUGGUUAGAAAGAAGUUAUAGUUAGGGUAAAAGUUAACGUCAUAUGAUAAAGCACAGCUUAUCAAUAAAUCCAUAAAUAGAAUCUUGUGUACCUUUUCUCCUUUUGCAUUGUGCUUUUGAGUAUAUGGGAUUUAUAGCGUGCAAAUGAGAAAAGCAUUGGACAUUUUUGUUGGUAAAUGAGAAAUUACAAUAAAUUAUUCCGAAAAAAUAUAACAAAUUGCACAAAUACCU